AUGGCUCGCCACCGUAAUGUGAGAAACCGGAGUUAUUCUGACGAUUAUGAUUACGACGAUGUAUACGGACAUUCCGUGGAAGAAGACAGCUGUUUAUCACCUAGCGAUGCUGAUCAGUGGAUGUAUGAUCGGUCUCGUAAUCAGCAGGCUAUAUCCAGCUUCCUGAGUAGCCAUAAUGACAUCCAAGAGGAAUCCGAAGAACUGACCGAAGACUCGCACCCGUGCCUGCAACGUCGCGAGUCGAUAGACCUCCGAGGCCUUAACUUAAAUGAAGAAGACGAGGCUAAGCUCAUGUCAUGUUUAGAUGAAUUGCGAAAUGUACUGGGUGAUACAGUCCCCGAAAAUAUACUUGUGCAAACAGUGAUGAAUCACAAUUUCAAUUUUAACAAAGCUUUGGACGAAAUUUUGAAUAAUAAUAAGACUAAGGAUGAAAAAACUAAGGCAGCUGUAACAUUACCUGUUAUAUUGGAACCUGCUAAGGCUCCUGUUAUAACCACAGAUGUCAAAGUUCCUAAAGUUAUAGCUACAAAAGUUGAACCAAGCAAAGCAAAUGUGAUCAAAGGUUUCAAAAUUGAUAGUCCCAAAAGUCUUCCACAAACACCGAGAGAACAAUCCCCCGCUAAUAGAGAAAGGACACCAUCCAGAACAGAUCAAGUUGAUGACAGCAAAAGUGCUACAAAAUUGAAGGAAAACAAAACGGAUCCUAAUGUACAGUAUUCAAAUGAACGGAAAUCAGAUAAAGACCAUUUAUAUAUUGUUGUGAUAGGUCAUGUUGAUGCUGGAAAAUCAACUCUAAUGGGCCGUAUACUAUGUGAUUUGGGUGAAGUGAGUCAAAGGACUUUGCAUAAAUAUGAACAGGAGAGUAAGAAGCUCGGCAAACAAAGUUUCAUGUACGCUUGGGUGCUUGAUGAAACCGGUGAAGAACGACUGAGAGGCAUCACUAUGGAUGUAGGUAGAGCUCAGUUUGAGACAAAAACAAAGAAGGUUAUUAUACUAGAUGCCCCCGGUCACGCUGAUUUCAUUCCAAACAUGAUAACUGGUGCUGGCCAGGCCGAUGUUGCUUUGUUAGUUGUGGAUGCGACUAGAGGAGAGUUUGAAUCAGGUUUUGAUCUUGGCGGACAAACACGAGAACAUGCCUUACUUGUUAGAUCAUUAGGUGUUAAUCAGCUCGCGGUGGCUGUUAACAAAUUAGAUACAAAUAAUUGGUCCCAGGAAAGAUUUAACGAGAUAACUACGAAACUAAAAUCAUUUCUUAAACAAGCUGGCUUCAAAGAUUCAGACGUCACAUAUGUACCAUGUUCAGGUUUGACCGGUGAGAACUUAGUUAAGUCUACUACUGAAGCGGAACUGCUCAAAUGGUACGAUGGCCCAUGUCUUCUUGACGUUAUCGACAAGUUUAAAGUUCCCCAAAGGCCUGUCGCUAAGCCUCUGCGUAUGUCCAUUAACGAUAUAUUCAAGGGAACCGGUUCAGGUUUCUGUGUUGCUGGUCGUAUAGAGACAGGGGUAAUCAACAAGGGAGAUAAAGUUCUAGUCUGCCCGACCAAGGAAAUGGCGGAGAUUCGUAGUGUGAGUAUAAACGAUAUGGUUAGCAAUGUGGCAUUCGCUGGUGAUCAGGUCAGUGUGACGUUAUCUGGGGUGGAGAUGCAGAAUGUAUCGAUUGGAUACGUUCUGAGUGAUCCCAUACAGCAGGUGCCGGUGUCUGCGAGGUUUGAGGCCCGUUUGGUAGUUUUCAACGUAAAAGUACCAAUAACUAAAGGCUUCCCCGUCUUGAUACAUCAUCAGUCUUUGGUGGAAUCGGCGAGCAUAGUCAAACUUAAGGCGUUACUGAACAAAAGUACCGGUGAGGUUUUGAAGAAGAAGCCGAGAUGUCUGGGCAAUAACUCUGUAGCUGUGGUGGAAAUAGAGGUUUGUAGACCGAUUUGUAUCGAGCGGUACAAAGAUGUUAAGGAGUUGGGUCGGGUCAUGCUACGUGUGGCCGGAGUCACUAUAGCUGCGGGCCUCGUAACAGAUAUCCUGAGCAUUUGA